ACACUCACACGGACUCAAUUGCUCGCCAAUUCUCUCCCUCUCCCUCUCCCUCUCCGGACACCGCCCCCAACCAUGACGGCGAAGGACUGCGGCGCCCACCACCUUGACGAGCGGAAGAAGCUAUUCAGGCUGGCAGCGGUGGCGGUGCUGGCCUUCGUCCUGCUGAUCCUCUUCAUCAUCUUCUUAGUGUGGCUGAUCCUCCGGCCGACGAAGCCGCGCUUCAUCCUGCUGGACGCCACCAUCUACGCCUUCAACAUCUCCGGCCCCAACUUCCUGACCUCCAACCUCCAGGUCACGCUCUCCUCCCGCAACCCCAACGCCCGCAUCAGCAUCUACUACGACAAGCUCGACGUCUACGCCGCCUACCGAAGCCAGCAGAUCACUCUCCCCACCCUCCUCCCCGCCGACUACCAGGGCCACAAGGACAUCAACGUCUGGUCCCCCUUCCUCUACGGAAACGCCGUCCCCAUCGCCCCCUACCUCGCCGACGUCCUCGCCCAGGACCAAAUGGCCGGCACCCUCCUCAUCAACGUCCGCAUCAACGGCCGCGUCAGGUGGAAGGUGGGCACUUUCAUCUCCGGCAGGUACCAUCUCUACGUGAACUGCCCGGCUUACAUAUCGUUCGGCGACAAGAACAACGGCGUCCCCGUCGGGCCCGCCGUGAAGUACCAGCUGGUUCAGAACUGCCAUGUUGAUGUUUAAAUAUUGAGAAAGAGGAGUGGGUUCUCUUCUGUCUCUGGAUUUGCAAUGUUAAUUAUGUUGUUCUAAUUAAUGGAUUUAUAUUAGUUUAUGGGUUUUGGGGGCCUCCAAUUAAGAUCAAA